GUUUGCCUGGCGUUGAGUCGUCAGUGCCGCCCGUGCCCGAGACCCCCACUAUAAAGGACCGCCUUGGGGCCGGCGCCGCCACUGCAGUCCCGACGCCCACGUCAACGUCGUCAGCAUGGCCCGCGUCCUCCUCGUCGUGUGCCUCGCCGCGCUCUGCGCAGGCUGGAGCAGCGCCAGCACCGACCGCACCCACGGCGGCAACAAGGUGUCGGACUCCGACAUCAAGAAGCUCACGGAGCAGCUGUUCACCGUGGACAAGCACGCCCUCAACAGCGCCGUGCGCAUCGACCUGCAGGGCAAGACGUACUCCAGUGCCACUGACGACAAGGCGCCCCGCCCCCUGCUGAGCGUGGACGAGAGCAGGGCCAAGUCCGCCAACGGCAACGUGGCGCUGCUGGCCCGCCUCUACGACAAGUACACGCCCGACUGCACCAAGGCGGAGAAGGAGACGCCGGAGAAGAAGCAGCAGCAGAGCGACCUCCUGGACGGCCUGCUCGCCACGCCCGUGCUCACCACCACCCUCAACUUCCUCGCCGGCAAGGGUCUGGUCCCCACCGGCAAGGCCGCCCAGAAGCAGUUCCUCAACAAGCUGUGGUUCUCCCUGUACUCGCGCGGCGGCGGCGCCCUCGGCUCCUCGGCCUUCGAGCACGUGUUCCUGGGCGAGCUGAAGCACGGCGACGUCUCCGGCAUGCACUCGUGGCUGUUCUUCAACAAGCAGGAGGAGGCCGGCAAGGCCGACUACAAGGGCUACAUCAAGAAGCUGCCGCUCGGCGAGAGUGGCACCCUGCUCAAGGUGCGCUUCGAGUGGCUGGACGCCAACAAGCCCGUCAACAGCCUGUUCGUGGGAGCCAGCCCCGAGCUGGAGAUGUCCCUGUACACCCUGUGCUUCCUGUCGCGGCCCGACCAGAAGUGCCACGUGUCUGCGCACGGCGUCAACUUCUACAUCCAGACCUGGUCCUUCAAGCUCAGGGACGGCUUCUCCACCAUCGGCAGCGCCUACCCUUCCCUGUAGGAGUCUUAAGCCCUCCCCUGUGCUCUGUCGCGUCAUGGAAAUAAACGAAGAAACGCCUCCCUCGUAAA